CAUCAUGUCAGUCGGGUACCUAGGUAGAAUGCAGCACUGGUAGAGCAAGCGCAAAAGAUUCGGAAUAUUCUCCGCCGCGAUUGAUGCGCCUGGAUGCUUACAUAGUGUAAUAAGAUUUAACGAAAGAGAUACCUUUGGCCUUCCUAAUUAGAGUAUACCUUGGCUGUAAGUAGGAAACUCCCACUCAACAAGCUUCAUAGAGUGUAUACGAGUCGAUACACGAGUACUGAUCGCGACAGCAUCAUCACCAUAGUCAAUCUAUCCCUCCUAAGUCACGAUGGCAAACCGUUCCCUUUUCCAAGUCACACUAGUCGUAGACGACUAUGAUCGCGCAAAGGCAUACUACUGCGGGGUUUUAGGCUUUGAUUGCGUGGAAGACAAACCCCAGGGCGAAGGCAAACGCUGGGUUGUGCUGAAACCGGGCAAAGAUGGAGCUGCCCUUGUGUUGGCAAAAGCGUCGACCGACAUGCAGAAAUCAGCGAUCGGGAAGCAGACUGGAGGCAGAGUUGGGUUCUUCCUAUCCACGGAUGACUUCGCGCGUGACCACCAAAGCUUCCUGGAAUGCCAUAUGGGAUCGUUGCUGUAUUUGAAGAUGCAUAUGGAAACACGUGGGACUUUAUCGAGCCUUCAAAGAGUAGCUCAUGAUAUUGGGACGACAGGAAAGCUACGGAAAAGAUAAAAAAAACCUUGGAGAUGUCUACCAUGGAAAAUACUCUGUCAGUUGACAGCUACAUGUAUCGGCAUGUUUCUUGGUCGCUAGCAUGGAGAUGGAUAUAAUACCACCAGUCUCCUUUGACUAUAGACUACAUGUGUAUGUAUAACAAUGCACCAAUUCAUCUUCCCUCGCCUCCCUCGUUAAUAACACCCA